AGUCUUAAAUAGUUCAUUAGUAAAACUGACCAAUAAUAAUAAUAGUUCCUUUCUUUUAAUUUUGUUUUUUUAGUGCAUUUAAAAGUGACUUUCAAACUGAAAUUAACCAAUUACUCAUAAUUCAACUACACUGUUCUACUGUUUUUAAAAAAAGCUUAUAAAUGAAACUAUAAAGAUUAUAGGUAAGAAAAAUAAGUGAAACGAUGCACUGGCCUUGUAUCGCUAAUCCACAAUGUAAAGGAUAUUUUAUUUAUCCGCAGGGAAGAAAUUCUCAUCAAAUAGCGUGUAAUUAUGCCUUAAAACAUCGUAUACAUCGAUGGAAAUUAGGCAUAAAAAAGAAAUAUGGAUUUAUUCAAGAAAGGAAUUAUUUAAUUAAUGAUGAUGAAAUAGGCUGUGUUAAAUUAUCACGUAUGAAUAUUCCAACAUACAAGAGACAAAAUAUUCUUAACUAAAUUGCAAUAAUUAUGAGAAUCUAUGUAUAGAUAAGUUCUUUUUUUUGUUAGAUUAUUUAAUUAUUAUUCAUUGUUAAUUUUCACACUUUGAGUAUUUUCAUCUGGAUACCUUUUUUAAUUUGCUCGUUAUUUUUAUUUUUGAGAUUAGUAGUCAUCAGACUAAUUUUAAUGUAAAUUCAAUGUUCAAUAAAUAUUGUUUUACUAUUCCAAUAAGAAAAGUAUGUGAUAUUAAUGGCUUAAUUUUUCGAAUUGUUUCACAUAAGCGUCAAAAAUAUAUUACCUUUAUGUAACUGGAGAAAUUUAUGCCGAAAUGUGAAUAAUACUCAAUUGUUAAGAUACAG